AGUCCGGUCCUCUGGCAAAUCCCAGCCGCUCUCCAUCACUCCUUGCCCUUCUCAACCGACUCUGUGAAACGACUUACACUUUCCUAAUGCAGCGCUGCGUCAUUUCGGAAGCUGGAAGGGCGAUGGGAAGGAUAACAAAAGCGGGCUUGGAAGCAAACGUUUCACUCGCGGAUGAUUCUUUUCGUCGGACCUGGACCUUGCUGACAGAUCAAAUUGCUCUACGAUCCAAGUAUCGGUCAGAUUUUAUCGCAGCUGGAUGCGACAACGAUUCUUGUUCUAAUCCCAUGUGCCCACAGCGUCUUACCAACAGGACGAAACCACUUCAAAUGUGUUCGGGUUGCGAGAAUUAUUUCUACUGUUCCAGGGACUGCCAAAAAUCAAUGUGGCCGAACCACAAACCUAUCUGUAAAAUUUUACAAGAGGAAACGAAAAAAGGGUUUCUUUUGCACUUCACCGAGCGAGAUAUGCACUUUAUGGGGGAGAUGGCUUCCCAUGAUAUACAUAACAAGACCACACAGCUCAGAGAAGACAAGAAAAGGUUCCUUCGUGCACACCCUGGAGCUGCAGCUUACCCUCUUGUCCUUGCGGUGGACUACUCCUCUGUGCCUAUGACGGUUACGAUUCGCUCGUCGCUGGAUUUCAAAGAUCAUCCAGAACACGGACAGAGGUGGCCGGACUUGAUACGUAGGGUAAAACAAGACCCUAGAAAUGAAAUGGUGUACAUCGAAACACCCCUUAAGACGGACCCCAAGAAUUGGCUGUACACCACGACAUUCCAACUGCCUAUUCUAGGCAUUUAGCUUGAAUAUCAUGACGUGGUGUAUUUGAUAUCGACGCAAAGAUUUACCGUUCUGUUUGUAUCACAAUCGCGUGUAUGUACCCCGCGUAUUUGACCCAGAAUCGCUAGCCAGGAUAAUUAGCAGCACACUGAAUUAAAUUGAAACGUGA